ACAAACACCAAUGAAUACAAACAUUUAUGAGGUUUACUUACCUGUAAAUAGUUGUGGUCAGAUUAUACAAAAUCUCUCCAAAGACAAUUUGUCUAUGAUAAUCCUAUAACAGGUGUUCAUGUGAAAUUCUCAUACAAAGCUUAGUGGACCUUUGUUUCAUGGAAUAAUGUUUUUUUGUGAAGGAUUUAUAUUGUUAAAGAAAUGACCAGCUUCACCGUAUAUAACUAUCAGCUGAUAAACAAGAAAUCUUUGUCAUAGCACUGGAGAUUACAUUUAUCAUGGAUAAUAUUACUGGAAGUAUUCAAUGGAUGUAAAAUUAAUAAUAUAUUCAUAACAGAUUAUGUGUGUGGAGUUUAUAAUAUUAUAGUUUUAACAAGGAUCAUUGCAUUCAAAAGUGACAACUUCAGUUUGAAAAUAAAGGAAGGCUGAAUACCAAACUAGACACAUGAGUUGAAGAAUGAUUAAGAAUUUACCCUUGGUUAUAAUACUUGCAUUCUAUGUUUUGAUAUAUACAGAGGGCUGUGGUAGAACUCCUUCUCAACCAUCACCACCAGCAACUACACCUCGAUCUAGUGAAAAUUCUACAAUACCAGAAAAUCACAGAUUAUCAUGUACAGAGAACGAGACAUAUCAGACAGCAUGUCUGAAUGGUGGAUCAUGCUUUGCCACAUAUGUAGAGUAUAGGACCAUACAGUGUGCGUGUCCAAAGAAAUAUGUAGGUGACCGUUGUCAGAUGAUAGAUCCUACCAUUAUAUUUGGUAGAGAAAAUGAAGAGAAAGUGACAAAAGCAGGUUUAGCUGCAGGAUUAACAGCUCUCAUCUUAUUUUUAACAGUAUUAAUAUUUAUACUCAUUUGGCACAGGCGAUACAAAAGAAGAAAAGAUAGAGAAAAACAAAACAAAGAAAAACAACUAAUACAAUAUAAUAAUGGUGAUCUCAAUAAUGGCAAUUACAAGCCUGCCUUAACUAGCAGAAACAGAGAUAGUUAUGUUGAAUCAAUUCCAUUAACUUCUUUACCUUAUAAUCAAACAGAAGAAAUCCAUAAAGAAGAAGAAAAACCGUUACAAUUAAGUCAAAACUCUAGUUUUUCAGACAGUGAUAGUAGAAAAUUAUUAGCGUCUAUUAAAUACAUGGAUGAUGAUGACGAUGGUGCUUCUCCAGAAUUUGUAUAGCAUAUCAACACAUAUAACAUUUCAUUUGAUCUGAAGCAUGUCAUGUGAUAUUCUCCAUUUGAUUCAUUCUCCAUUUAAUGUCAGCAAGUGAGUUGCACUAGUUUGUCAAAAGCAACAGUAAUUUUGCAACUUCAUGAUUUCAUAUCAAAGUCAUUUAUUUGAGGCAUUUCAAGCAUCAUAAUUGAGCAACAGCAUCAAGGGGGAUAAUUCAUAGAUGUUCAUGCAGGGAGAUAACUGGAUAUUUGACUAACUUAUUGGUAUGGAACACAGAAAUUCAUUUUGUGAUAUACAAAAAGACAUUUGAACAGUGAUAGAAAAGUUCCUAUGGUUGAAUUACAUUGCACCAGAAGAUGUUAUGUUUCUGAUUUUAAAGUGAAUGAAAUUAUAUUUAGUACAUUUUGUAUUUGGCUGUUUAGCUAUCUGUUUUGGCACAGGUUAGCAUUUUGUCUGAUUUCUUGAUAAUUUCAUAAAUUUCAAAUUUUUUUAAAAAAGAUUUAGAUAUGGUGAAUGGUUGAAGGUUUUACAUACUAUGCCAGAAUUUAGUCAAUAAAUUAUGCAAAAUGAAAAUAAAAAUAAAAGCCUGCCAUUCUCUGUUAAAAAAAAAAGAAAAUCAUAGGUAUGAAUUUAAAAAUGUAUAAAAAAAAAGGAAAAUUUUUAGAUUUAUGCUAAAAUACUGACAAAUAUUUAAAACCUGAAAUUACAUUUAUUAUCACAUAUCUUGCACUCUGUAAAAACAUUAUUAUUUUGACAUAACCAUGAUAUGUUCGGUCUGUACAAUUUUGAAUAUCUACACUUGUUCAGACAGAGACUUUUCAUCAGUUUCAUUUUUCUGUGAUUUAUGCAAUAGAAAAUUUUAUGAUAGCAGCCAUUUCAUUUUAGUUAAAUUCAUUAUAAUUUAUUUUCAUUAUAUAUUAUCAUUUCAGUUCAUUGUAAAAUAGUUUGUCAUUGUUUAUAUUUAACAAUACAAUGUUUCAUGAGGAAUUUUAUCAAUAGCAUUUUAAUACAAAGUCACUGCCAUAGUUUGUUUGUAAUUAUAUGGUAAGAUGCAUUUAUUUAUGUCCAUUUUUGUACAAUCUAUGUUUGUUUUUAAUAAAAGAUCUUGGAAAAAAUGAU